ACUCAAAAACGAAGUUCGAGGCAGCGACGGCAGCAGCAUGGACCAGUACGAUGAGCUCUACAAGGUCGUCCUCGUAGGCGACCCGGGCGUCGGGAAGACCAACCUCCUCGCCUACUUUACAGCGACGGAAGAGGAGAUGGCCGUGGACGCGUCGACGAACGCGUCCAAGAUCUUCAGUAGCUCGGUCCGCAAGCCCACGAUCGGCGUCGAGUUUGGCACCAAGAUCAUUACGCACCCGAACGGGAAGCGCAUCAAGGCGCAGAUCUGGGACACGGCCGGCCAGGAGCGCUACCGUGCGAUUACGAGCUCGCACUACCGCCGCGCCGCCGGCGCUCUCGUCGUCUACGAUGUCAGUAGCCGCGCGACCUUUGACAAUGCCCAGACGCAUUGGCUCAAGGAGCUGCGCAACUCGGCCGACAACAACAGCACGCUCCUCUCGUGCUUGAUGCUGGUCGGCAACAAGAUCGAUCUCACCGAGGGCAUCAACGGCGCCCCAGUCGUCGCGGCUGAAGAGCACGACGCUGCCAUGGCCGCGGCCGGUGUCCAUGGCGUCCGUGCAUCGGCCAAGACAGGCGAGAACGUCGUGCAGGCGUUCGAGAACCUCAUCAUCGAGGUGUACAACCAAGACAAGGCCCGCAACACCCCCGCACCCAUGGAGCCCGUGGUCGACCUCACGGCCAAGCCGCCGACCAAGAAGAAGCUGCCCGCAUGCUGUAAUUAAGACUCGAUGUAAUAAUACUCCAUGUUGCUGCACGAAUA